AUGAAGAACAAGAAAGGUGCUAAAGGCCAGGCAGCCGUUGCUCUAGCGAAACAGCAAGCAGCACAAGUCGGGAAAAACAAGGAAGCUAUGUCGAAGGAGAAGGCACGGAUGGACAAAGAGAGGGAGAAGGAACAAGAACGAAAGCGGAGAGAAGAACUAAAUGACAUCUUCAAACCUGUUCAAGUUGCCCAAAAGGUUCCUUUUGGGACUGAUCCGAAGACGGUCUUGUGUCAAUAUUUCAAGACGGGUACAUGCGAAAAAGGUAACAAGUGUAAAUUCAGUCAUGAUCUGAACGUCGACCGAAAGACGACGAAGAAAGAUCUUUAUACCGAUGGGCGAGAUACCAAAGAAACAGAUACCAUGGAUACAUGGGAUGAUGCCAAACUUCAAAGUGUCGUCAUUUCCAAGCACGGCAAUCCAAAAACUACCACCGAGAUUGUAUGUAAAAACUUUAUAGAGGCUAUCGAGUCGGGGAAAUAUGGAUGGUUUUGGGAAUGCCCAUCAGGAGGUGUGAACUGCAAGUACCGACACGCUCUACCGCCAGGCUUUGUUCUGAAAGCGCAGAAGAAGAAAGACGCCGAGGAGGCGAAGAAGAACGAGCUGAGUCUGGAGGACUUCCUGGAACGGGAGCGUCAUCAGCUGGGCAAGACUCUGACCCCGGUGACCAAAGAAUCGUUUGCCAAAUGGAAGGCCGAGCGUCUGUCGAAGAAACAAGUCGAAGAGGAUGGCAAACGCAAGUUGAAAGAACAGCAAGCUGCGGCUGGAAGGAUGAAUGGGAUGAGUGGAAGAGACUUGUUCACCUUCGACACAACGGGUGUAUACGGAGAUGAUGCGUACUCAGACGACGAAGGGCCGGACGAGUCUGGCGAACAAGACUGGGACCUGAACAAAUACAGACAAGAGACGGAGGCAGAGAGGACAAGAUUAGAGGAAGAGCGAAUAGCCAAGUUGGGCGGGAUCGGCGUAGCAGUCGGCAGCCUAAGUCUGGCCGAUUAA